GGGCACCUCCCACGUGAGUACUGUUCCUUUGCGGAUGUUCAAGACGUUGACAGGAAACAACUGUAUCGCAGCAGAUCCCCGGAUCCCUGCGCCGCAGGAACAAGUGCGGAGAUUUUAAACUCUCUUUAUUUCACAGAUUGUCUCUCGUUGAUCCACGAUGCCCGACAGAACUCCUCCAGACUCCGGGGAACACUCCGCGCUGCUCCGCUUCUCCUCCGCACUGUUUUACGCGUGCAGCUCCUUUCUGAUCACGGUGGUGAAUAAAACCGUGCUGACCAGCUACAGGUUUCCCUCCUACAUGUUUCUGGGAAUAGGUCAGAUGGUCACCACUGUUGUUGUCAUUUACGCUGCCAAAAAGAGCAAAACAGUCCAGUUCCAGGACUUCGACAAAAGUAUUUUCAUCAAAGUAAGCGUUCAGAACAUGACUCAUCUUCAUCAUUCAUCCUUAUUCACAUGUCAUCUGUUUUCUAUUUGCAAUAUCGUAUAUGUCUUCUUUUUAAUAAUGUCUCUCCAGAUCUUCCCUCUUCCUCUGCUGUACGUUGGGAAUCAAAUAACAGGACUGGCCAGCACCAAAAAACUCAGUUUGCCCAUGUUCACAGUAUUACGGAAAUUCACCAUAUUGAUGACAAUGAUCUUGGAAGUGUAUAUACUAAGAAAAACGUUUCCCAGACGUCUUGUUUUCAGUGUUGUGACGAUAGUUGUUGGUGCCAUGAUUGCUGCGAGCUCCGACCUGGCCUUCGAUUUGAGGGCCUACACCUUCAUCCUGCUCAAUGAUGUCUUCACCGCCAGCAGCAGUGUGUACACCAAGCAGAAACUUGGCGUGGAGGGUCUCGGGAAGUACGGUGUCUUAUUUUACAAUGCGCUCCUCCUUGUUAUCCCCACUGUCCUGUUCAGUGCCUUGACGGGAGAUUUGCAGAUGGCCGUCACAUUUGAGGGCUGGUUUAAUAGCACGUUUGUUUUUUGUUUCCUCUUGUCCUGCAUCAUGGGGUUUGUGUUGAUGUAUUCCAUAGUCCUGUGCAGCUAUUAUAACUCUGCACUUACUACCUCAGUCGUUGGAGCAAUAAAGAAUGUUGCAGUAGCCUACGUUGGCAUAUUUGUGGGCGGAGACUACCUCUUCUCUUGGACUAACUUCAUAGGCCUCAGCAUUUGUAUGUCAGGUGGACUCGCCUACUCUUUUAUCACCUUUAGCACCAAAUCGUCUCAAGUGAAAGCAGAAGUGAAAGAGUUGAAGACGGACAUCACACUAGAUCCAACAGGGAGGGGAGUUACCAUCUUCUAAAUGAACGAUGUUUUAGCAUUCACCACUUGAUGGCAUUGUUCUGCUUCAUAUUGGAGCAUAAUAUUGCUUCCACACUUUUAUCAACCUUCGCUAUGGAGAUUAUAUUUUCAUCAUGUUUAUUACACAUUAAUUACUGAGCCAGUUCGCAUGGGCUGUGGGUGGGGGAAGAAACUGUCAAAUUAGGGGGAAGAUCUGGUUAUAGGGUGGAUUCUGGAUUAUAAUUUAAGAAUUUAUAUAUUUUUUUAAUCCUGACACAAGGCAUUUUUCAACAUUUUUGUAAAUUUCUCAGGAAAUGAUGUACAAAACAGAAUUUGAAUCUUAUUUAUGGCUGUUUUUUUCAAUUGAUGCAGAUUAUCAGACUACUUCCUGUUCCGUUGUUUUAUUUUAUUUUGUUCUUAUCUGUAAAGCACUUUGAAGCGUGCCAUAUAAAUAGUUUAUUAGGAUUAUUUUUCUAAAUACCAUAUGAGAGCUAGAUGGACACAUAUAGGACAGUUUGGCCUUGGUGGAGAUCAUCAUGUCACUCAGGGCCACUCAGGUUUUUAUAUUUAUUUAAGCUAAAUAAAUGAAUUUCUCUGGA